AUGCCCGCCACCAUGCCGCUAACCUUGUCCCCGCCCCGCCUCCUCCUCCACCACCACCGCCACGGCCAAGCCAAGCUCCAGCAGCAGCGCUCCACCGCCGGCUUCGCGGUCCUCCCGCGCCGCGCCGCUCGGCUCCGCUGCGCCCCCGACGAGGUCGCGGCCACAGCCGCCGAGCCCGAGCAGCAGGGGGAGGAGGAGGAGUUCGUGCUCCUCGCCUCCAACCGCAGCGACUUCAACGAGGUCAUCAUGGUCAUCGACUCGCCCUCCAACCGCUACCUCGUCCUCGACCCCAGCCGGAAUGUCCACAGCAUUCUCCCCAAGAAGAGCGCCUGGACCAAUUCCUACUGGGAUGAGUUCGUCAGCCUACCUCCCGUUGUUCCACGUGGUCCUGUUGCACUUCUAGGUUUGGGUGCUGGGACAGCAGCACAUAUGAUGCUAGAAGUUUGGCCCUGGAUACAACUUAUUGGAUGGGAGAUUGAUCCGACGAUAAUUGAAUUGUCGAGGGAUUAUUUUGGUAUGUCCAAUUUAGAGAAGACCACGGAAUUAGGUGGUUCACUUUCGGUGCGUAUAGGCGAUGCACUUUCCCCAUCAGCUACAGUUGAAGGAGGAUUUGCUGGCGUUGUUGUUGAUUUAUUUGCUGAUGGAAAAGUCUUACCUCAGCUACAAGAAGCUGAAACUUGGGUAGAGAUUGCAAAAAAGCUCAUGCCAGAUGGUCGAAUCAUGGUCAACUGCGGCGGAGCAGAUACCCCCGUAUCUCUUGCUGCUGACACGGGUGUUUCGUCUUGGGUCCAGAAUCCUACAAUCAAGGCUCUGUGCUCCGCGUUCCCUGGGCAGCUAAACUGGAAGAGACUUUCGGAGAAGGAGAGUGUAAACUACGUCGCGUUGACGAGUCCCCUUCCAGACCUGGAGGAGUGGUCAACCUCGCUUCCUAGCGAGCUAAGCCCAAGAGUGAAACAAUGGGUGCCUUGCGAGCUCGCGUGA